AUGUUGAACUUUUCGACUUUUGUUCCCCGUGAUCCAUUCCAUCAGCUUACUGUUACUCUAUGCAUCGUGGGCCUCUUCCUUGCCGCAGUCUUUGCAGUCGCUCUUAGACCAAAGAGCAAAGGACAAGCGCCCGGCACAGUUGAAGCCUACCUAAAGUUUGUCUAUGGUUGUUUCCUGAAACCUCACACUGGAGACGGAUCUGGAAGCCAGCAAGAUGCUCUUGAAAGCUUCUACAAGGCACAGGCCGAAGUCUACGAUGCCACACGCCUGAAGCUUCUCCGAGGCCGCGAAGACAUGCUGGGACUGGUAGCAGCACAACUGAAGUAUCGGACUGAUGCCGGACUGAUCUCACAACGCCCAGUCUGGGUUGAUAUGAACGCGUACGUUCCUGUACCGAGCUUCUUCCACGCAGUCUAUGUCGUGGAUCUUUCCCCCAGUCUUUGUGAUAUCGCGCGAAAGCGUUUCGCCCGUCUCGGGUGGACGAACGUCAAGGUCAUAUGCCAAGAUGCUCGCGCCUUCCGCCUGCACGAACAUGAAUCACAAGCACACGAACGCAAGGAGAUGGUUUCUCAAGGGCAGACAGUUCGUGAUCUGGAUGAGAAUGCUGAUGCUGGAGGUGCCGAACUUGUCACCAUGAGCUAUGCGUUGAGCAUGAUACCCGAGUUCUACCCAGUCAUUGAUUCCAUCGAUAGUCUCAUGAGUCCCAACGGUGUUGUUGGUGUGGUCGACUUCUACGUCCAGAAUCAGGUCGAUUUCAAGGGCAGGAACUACAUGGGCGGUGCUAUCGAUCGUCAUUGCAUGUGGCUCUCACGUGUAUUUUGGCGGACAUGGUUUGAAAUUGACCGUGUCAAUCUUGAGCCUGCACGACGAGACUACCUCGAGUAUCGCUUCGGAACUGUUCUCAGCAUCAACGCCAGAAACAGCUUCUUCGGCAUCAAACUCCCCUACUACAUCUGGGUUGGUUGCUCGAAAGAGUACGGUGCAUCUACACAGAAGCUCGCUGAAAUUGAUGCCGCCGCCACUGAAUCUCCCUACCUCUCUGCUCUCGAUCUCCAGACAGGGGCUACCCAGAACGAUGUCGGAAUCCAUUCGAAAGCAUACGAGUCUGCUGUCGUCAACCUACAGUCUAGUCUCCCUCUCCCGGCUACCUGGUAUCAGAACCACCACUGGCGAAUUCACUACGACUCCACUCUUCCCAAGCACACUCGUUUCAACGACUCCUACAUUUAUGCUUUCACAUGGGAAGACGAUGUGGCCGACAUGCGCCUCCUCAAACCUACUUCAAACGAUGUCGUUCUCGCGAUUGGUUCAGCUGGCGAUAACAUUUUGGCUUUCUGUUUGCAGAACUGCCGCCGAGUGCAUGCUGUUGAUCUUAACCCCUCGCAGAAUCACCUUCUCGAACUCAAAGUCGCAUCAUUCACUGCUCUCGGCUACCAAGAUGUUUGGAAGCUCUUUGGCGAAGGCAGACACGCCGACUUCCACAACAUCCUAAUCCAGAAACUCAGCCCUCAUCUCUCAUCCGAAGCCUUCCAGUUCUGGCUACACAAUGGCCCUGCUGUCUUCGCUUCUCCCUCAUCAAAAGGUCUCUACUACUCCGGUGGCUCUGGCAACGCCCUCGCAAUCGCAGGCUGGCUCUUCCGCAUCCUCGGCAUGACCGAAGACGUCAAGAGACUCUGUACAGCCCAGACCCUCAACGAGCAACGCGAGAUCUGGCAACGUUCCAUCAAGACAGUCCUGCACUCCAAGAUCCUCACCUGGGCCAUUCUCGGCAACGAAAAGUGGCUCUGGAAAGCCCUCGGCGUACCCCCCACGCAACGCGCCGUCAUAGAAGUCGACUUCCAAAAGACAUCUGACUACGACGACACCAAAGCCCCUAAGCCCGACGCUGCCGCAGACUACAUGGCCUUCCACGAGGAGCCCUCUGACGACGCCCUCAAAUCCACCAGCGGAAACGCAAUCUACGAAUACGUCCUGAACACCUUCGAGCCCGUCAUCAACACUACACUCCUCAGCACCUCAAACCACUAUUACCUCCUCACCCUCCUCGGCCACUACACACCUACCUCGCAUCCAACCUAUUUGUCUCCCAAAUCACACCUCAAGCUCUCCAAGCCCAACGCCUUCAACGGUCUACGUAUCCACACAGAUGAAAUCUCAGAAGUCAUUGCGCGCAUGCGGCCAGGCACGCUUACCAUCGUCGUCGUCAUGGACUCUAUGGAUUGGUUCCCGCCAACGGGGACACAGGCGCUUAAACAGAUCCGCGCAUUGAACCACGCGCUCAAGGUAAAAGGAAGAGUUAUGCUGCGGAGUGCGGGUUUGGAACCGUGGUAUAUCCGCGUGUUUGGCGAAUGCGGGUUUAGUGUUAAGAGAGUUGCUGUAAGGGUACCUGGGAGCUGCAUUGAUCGGGUUAAUAUGUAUGCUUCGACGUGGAUUUGUACAAAGGAGGUGGGUAUUGAGUCGGAGGAUGCCAAGACGCAUUUGAGGAAGACAUCGCUGGCGGAGCUGAAGCUUGAGGGACCUGCUAUGCGUAUGGAUUAG